UGUAAAUAAAUAUUUGCUGUUUUUAAUACAAAAAACUAUCAUUCCUUAAAUCUGUUCAUUUUAAAUGUUUGUUUUAUGUUUUCAGCAUUUCCUUUACUUACACGGAAAAAAUCAAUACAAAGCCCCCCAAAUUCUCCAGAAAAUGAGGUGUUUUCCAGCAACACAUCACCUGAAGAUUUUACGACAACUCACCCAUUAAGUAAUAUAAAUGACUUUGAGGAGCUAUUCCAUGAAAUUCCAUCUUAUGUGCCCCAUCACACAGUAUUACUUACAACACAUGAGUAUGGGGCAACUAGAACUCCUAAGUGUGACGCCAAUGGACAGAGUUCCUACUACAGAAGUGAACAUGAUGAAUUCAGACAAGGCUAUUUUGAAAAUGUGCACAGUUAUCCAUCAGUGUAUGUCAAUGAUUAUUCUGAUGUGUUUGAAAAAGAAGUGACAACAGAUCAAACAAGAAUGAAGGAUGAUUUACAGCAAGAGUCAAAUAAUCUAAAAGCCCCAUCACUUAAAAAACUGAUUCUUUCUAACGAGGAAAAAUCAAAACUUCUAGAUUGGAGUUACUCAAACCCAAAACAGCCCACCACAAAGCAAGAUGAAAAACUAUCUACCCAAGUAAAUCAUGAUCCUCAAGGGGAAUCUGAGAACAAAAAUAAAUCUGCAUUUAGUAUACUGUCAAAUGCAAUUAAAAGAUCAUUUACACGUUCUGUAAGUUCUACUUCAGAAAUCCCUAAACCAGUGUCAGUUCAGAAGACCAAACCGGUUUCACCAAGCAGUUAUUUUGACAUUGCUAGUCCAUUUUUUAGAAGGAGCCGCAGUAACACAGAACAUUCAACCAAUGGCAAAGAAAUGGACAUCUUGCCAAACCAGACCCAUUAUUUAUUGACUCAUAAUGAGUUUGUGAAGAAUGACUUCAAUGCAAAGGAAUUUUUACCAGGUCUUUCAACUUUCCAGAAAACAAACCACGACUCUUCAGCUACCAACAAAGUAGAAGAUUUUAUGCCAAAAAUGUUGGCAAAAUUCACUAUUAAAGAGAAUCAAAACAACAGCACAAACCAUAAUCCACCUUUUAGAAGUAGGACAAAUUCAUUUUUCUCAUCAUUGAGGCUCAAAACCAAAGCUUCUAAAACUGACAUUCCAAAUGACACGUGGUUUAAUAGCAUUCGAAGAAUAGUGAAUGACAAGGAUAGCAGUGAAAAAGUACUGAAAACAAGCCCAAAUAUUUACAACCCAAUUCCAGUUCAACACCAAGGGAACUCAUAUAAGGCAGAGAGGACAGCAGUGUCUGAUUACUCAAGCUCGUCUGAUGAUGAAUUUAAGUAUAGACGUUCAGCUUCUCUGAAGUCCACAAGAGCUUCAAGAAACCAAAGGAAACUAGAACGAGAAGCCAAACAGAAGGCAAAACAAGAGGAGCUGAAAAGACUCCACAAGGCACAGACGAUUCAACGUCAGCUGCAGGAGGUUGAAGAGAAGCAGCGAGCACUUGAGAUUCAAGGGGUUAAACUGGAAAAAGCAUUGCGAGGCGAAUCAGAUUCACAUACACAGGGCGAAGCACAGCUUCUUCAUGAAUGGUUUCAGCUCGCUUUGGAGAAAAACAAAUUGAAUCGUUAUGAGUCGGAGCUGUUGAUCGUUGCCAAAGAACUAGACCUUGAAGAUCAACAAGGGCGAUUAGAGCAAAAACUGAGAGAGAAAAUGCUUAUUGACCCCACCUUGAAAACUCAACAAGAUAUCCACGAAGAGGAAGAAAUGUUUGCCGAGAUGAUGAAAAUUCUAGAAAAGAGAGAUCAACUUGUGACUCGCAUCGAAGAACAACGACUCAGACACAACAAAGAGGAAGAGAAAUUGGAACGCAUGCAACUACCCAAAGAUUGUCAAAUAAAAAUGGACGUUAUCAAUAACAGAAGAAUUGUAUGAAAAUACUUUGAUGCAAACGGAAAAAAAUAAUAAUGUAGCAAUUAUUAUCGCUUAUUUGUAGAGCGCCAACAGAUUCCGCAGCGCUUCGCAAUAGUAGUGUUUUUGUGGACACUAGUUUUGUGAGUUUUUAUCCAUUUAGGACCAAUGGGAUACAAUGCGACCAUGACUUGUAUUUCCGAAAUUUUAUAAUUAAAGGGUGAGCACAUGGUAAGUGUUCGUCUGCGUGUCACUUUCUCUGGGGCAUCAACCUUGGUUCUCCACAGGUUUUGAAACUAAAUUUCCCAUGAUCCUCAGCCAGCUUCAAGUGUAUGAGCAUCAUGGGAAAUGUAGUUCCAAACCCUCUGGAGAGCCAAGGUUGCUCACCCCUGCUCUGGGGAAAUGCUGUCAUAUGGUAUCUUUUGGGAGUUUGAGCUAUAAAUAGGUUUUUGAACCCUUUUAUUAUAUAUUGAAAUAAGCAUCUGGAUGUUUAAUUUUGAUUGCAAUGUUUACUUAAAUACACUUUACUAUUUUGUUAAUGCACUUGUAAAACUGCUCACGCAAGCAACUAAGCUACGGAACUAUUGUUGGAUCAAAUUAAUCUCUAAGGAUCACAAAAUGCAUUAAAAAUGUUAAUGCAAUAUUAUACACCUAUAAUGUUGCCAGCUGUGCUACAAAAAAAUACUGAACAAUUUGUCAGUGACAUGGUGUCACACAAUACCCCCUCCCCAAGCUCUAUGUUACCCUCUUUGCUUGAUCACACAAUGUAUAUUUGACUUUUAAAAAAUGAACAUUUAAUCCAGUAUUUUUGUGAAUAUUUUAAGAUUUUACUGGACAGUCAGCUAAAAUACUUCACUGUGUGAAUACUGGAAAUCUGGCAAUCCUAUAGAUCUGUAAGAUUAAAUCCCAUAGAUGGAAAAUCUUUUUAAUGCUUUAGGCAUAAAAAACAUUUCUCUGGAUAAAUGUGCAGUGUUGAGUGAGUUGUACAAGCUAAUAUUGCAUCAUGCAGGCACAUUAAGGGACAGUUUACUCCUUGAGAUUUUUAUAUAAAAAUGUUUGGUCAUGCAUAGUUAAACAAACUUUGAAGUAUAUUUUCAUUAUUUAUUUUUGCUCCUUUUCAUGUAAAUUAGCUCUGAAAUUUGUGGACUUCUCAGAACUGGAAAUGCACCCUGCAGACUUCUCAAAGCUAACCCUACUACAUAUCUUUCCCUAACUGGCUUCAGCAGAUAGCAACUGCAAAACCAUGUUAAUAUAGGUUACUAAUAUAAUGAUCAUGGCAAGUCUUGUCUUCCAGAAGCAAGUCUGCAUGGUCAGUAUAGUGAGGCUGUUUUAUAUGAACAUAUUUUGACUUGGAUUACAUGUUAUUUUAUUGCAAGUUAACAAAAAUAUGUUUAGUGUCUUUUUUUGGACAUUUGUGCAUGUUGCAUUGAAAAACACUUGCUACCUUUUGAUGGAAAAACAUUUUAUCUGGUGCUAUUUUCACCAUAUACUAUUGGUCUAGAUUACACAACUCUAGAAACUUCUUAGCUUGAAAUAGUCAAAACUAGACGUGCAUUUGUUUGAAAAUAUAGAUAUUCAUUUAGUUUUCAUGGUUUACUAAAAUACUUACCUAAAGUGCGCUGGGGAGCCGCACUAAUCCGACCCUUCUUCACAGAGCCCAGAGCUGCGGUAAUACCGUGAUAUGCCUUCUAUUAACGCGGCCUUGGACUCUGAAAAAGGUUCAAGAUUAGCACGGCUCCUCCAGCAUGCUAUAGAUAAGUAUAAGCCUGCAGGUGAUACUUUUUCACCUGUAGUAAAGAAACAUUUACAUUGAUUUUAAUGAAAACUAAUGUAAAUGUUACCAAAUAUAAAAAAAAUAAUGAGAAUAUUCGUUCUGAAUUAUUCGUUCAAAACAAAUUAUUUGCUGCUGCAAAAGUCUAGUCAAAACAAAAUACGUUUAAGCUGAUUUUUAAGCCGUCUUUUGUUGCUCUUAUUUGACUUCAGACACACAUAAGGUUUUAUGGGAUCCAGGUAAAGCUGACUCAGAUAAUCUUUCAGAUUUAGGAAAAAUAUCUGAUUAUCUAUAAAAUGUAUAUUUUUGAUGGGAACUAUAUACCAGAAACAGGGAAUCUGCGCAUAGCAUAUCUAAAGCGUUCUUCGAUUCCUUAACAGUCUUUGCCCUUAGCACCUCUAUUGGAAGUCUCUUCCAUGCAUUAACUACCUGUCUGGAAUACAAGGUCAAGCUCUACAUUUUUCAAUUUAGUUCCGCAUUUUUUGGUAUAAAAAAAAAAAAGUUCUGAACUGAUAAGGACAUUUUGAAAAUUUUCUGUUAAAGCACUGCCACUUCCAUUUUCCAUUUUGAGUGCUAACGACGUCUCUGAGCCAUCGCAAAUUGUCCCAGUCAGGUGCUGACGAUGGCUCAGAGCCGUCGCUAGCACUCACCCACCUUGAGGGCAAUCUGUGAUGACGUCACCGUGCAACUUUAUUUAAAAUUAACAAUGGGCAAUAUAGGGAAAUAGGGGCAUGCUGCUUAGAAGCCUGUAUCUCAGGCAUCUAAGCAGCUACAGACCCCCAAGAAAAAUGUAAUCGCCUAACCGUUCUAAUGGUAUAAGUCUUGGGGAUCUGGAAAAAAAGUAUAAAAGUAAAAAAGAAAUAUAUUUAAAAAAAGUAAAAAAAAAGCUCAAAUCCAGCUUAGCACCCAGGUGGGAAAUGGCUCAGUGGUUAAAGGAAUACUAAACCCAAUUUUUUUCUUUCAUGAU